GGCGGCGGCGACGGCGGCGGCCUGAAUAGUGUGCACCACCACCCCCUGCACCCCCGUCAUGAACUGAACAUGGCCCAUAACGCGAGCGCGCCGGCCGCCGCCGCCAGCACCAACAGCGCCAAGAGCGGCGGCUCCGAGGCGGCUCUCAAGGAGGCUGGAAGCGCCGCCGCGCUGUCCUCCUCCUCCUCCUCCUCCGCGGCGGCGUCCUCUUCCUCCUCGGCGGGCCCGGGCUCGGCCAUGGAGACGGGGCUGCUCCCCAACCACAAACUGAAAACCGUUGGCGAAGCCCCCGCCGCACAGCACCACCACCACCACCAUGCCCACCACCACCACCACCAUGCCCACCACCUCCACCACCACCACCACGCACUACAGCAGCAGCUAAACCAGUUCCAGCAGCAGCAGCAGCAGCAGCAACAGCAACAGCAGCAGCAGCAGCAGCAACAUCCCAUUUCCAACAACAGCAGCCUCGGCGGCGCGGGCGGCGGCGCGGCUCAGCCCGGUCCCGACAUGGAGCAGCCGCAACAUGGAGGCGCCAAGGACAGUGCCGCGGGCAGCCAGGCCGACCCCCCGGGCCAGCCUCUGCUGAGCAAGCCGGGCGACGAGGACGACGCGCCGCCCAAGAUGGGGGAGCCGGCGGGCGGCCGCUACGAGCACCCGGGCCUGGGCGCCCUGGGCGCGCAGCAGCCGCCGGUCGCCGUGCCCGGGGGCGGCGGCGGCGGCGGCCCGGCGGCCGUCCCGGAGUUUAACAAUUACUAUGGCAGCGCUGCCCCUGCUAGCGGCGGCCCCGGCGGCCGCGCUGGGCCUUGCUUUGAUCAACAUGGCGGACAACAAAGCCCCGGGAUGGGGAUGAUGCACUCCGCCUCAGCCGCCGCCGGGGCCCCCAACAGCAUGGACCCCCUGCAGAACUCCCACGAAGGGUACCCCAACAGCCAGUACAACCAUUAUCCGGGCUACAGCCGGCCCAGCGCGGGCGGCGGCGGCGGCGGCGGCGGAGGAGGAGGAGGCAGCGGAGGCGGCCAGCAGGCGGCCGCGGGCAUGGGCUUGGGCAAGGACAUGGGCGCCCAGUACGCCGCUGCCAGCCCGGCCUGGGCGGCCGCGCAACAAAGGAGCCACCCGGCGAUGAGCCCCGGCACCCCCGGCCCGACCAUGGGCAGAUCGCAGAGCAGCCCAAUGGAUCCCAUGGUGAUGAAGAGACCUCAGCUGUAUGGAAUGGGCAGUAACCCUCAUUCUCAGCCGCAGCAGAGCAGCCCUUACCCAGGAGGUGCCUACGGCCCCCCAGGCCCGCAGCGGUAUCCAAUCAGCAUCCAGGGUCGGACCCCAGGGGCCAUGGGAGGGAUGCAGUACCCACAGCAGCAGAUGCCACCUCAGUAUGGACAGCAAGGUGUGAGUGGUUACUGCCAGCAGGGCCAGCAGCCUUAUUACAACCAGCAGCCGCAGCCUCCGCACCUCCCUCCGCAGGCGCAGUACCUGCCAUCCCAGUCCCAGCAGAGGUACCAGCCGCAGCAGGACAUGUCUCAGGAAGGCUAUGGAACUAGGUCUCAACCUCCUCUGGCUCCCGGAAAACCUAACCACGAAGACUUGAACUUAAUACAGCAAGAAAGACCAUCAAGUUUACCAGACCUGUCCGGCUCCAUCGAUGACCUCCCCACGGGAACGGAAGCCACUUUGAGCUCAGCAGUCAGUGCAUCCGGGUCCACGAGCAGCCAAGGGGAUCAGAGCAACCCAGCUCAGUCGCCUUUCUCUCCGCACGCAUCCCCCCAUCUCUCCAGCAUCCCUGGGGGCCCCUCACCUUCUCCUGUCGGCUCUCCUGUCGGCAGCAACCAGUCACGAUCUGGCCCAAUUUCUCCUGCAAGUAUUCCAGGCAGUCAGAUGCCUCCCCAGCCACCUGGGAGCCAGUCAGAAUCCAGCUCCCAUCCUGCCUUGAGCCAGUCACCAAUGCCGCAGGAAAGAGGUUUUAUGGCAGGCACACAAAGAAACCCUCAGAUGUCUCAGUAUGGACCUCAACAGACAGGACCAUCCAUGUCGCCUCAUCCUUCUCCUGGAGGCCAGAUGCAUCCUGGAAUCAGUAGCUUUCAGCAGAGUAACUCAAGUGGGACUUACGGUCCACAGAUGAGCCAGUAUGGACCACAAGGUAACUACUCCAGACCCCCAACGUAUAGUGGGGUGCCCGGUGCAAGCUACAGCGGCCCAGGGCCCGGCAUGGGCAUCAAUGCCAACAACCAGAUGCAUGGACAAGGGCCAAGCCAGCCAUGUGGUGCUAUGCCCCUGGGACGAAUGCCAUCAGCAGGGAUGCAGAACAGACCAUUUCCUGGAAAUAUGAGCAGCAUGACCCCCAGUUCUCCUGGCAUGUCUCAGCAGGGGGGGCCAGGAAUGGGGCCACCAAUGCCAACCGUGAACCGUAAGGCUCAGGAGGCAGCUGCCGCAGUGAUGCAGGCCGCUGCAAACUCAGCGCAAAGCAGGCAAGGAAGUUUUCCUGGCGUGAAUCAAAGUGGACUUAUGGCUUCCAGCUCUCCCUACAGCCAGCCCAUGAACAACAGCUCUGGGCUCAUGAACACCCAGGCGCCCCCCUACAGCAUGACGCCUAAUAUGGUGAACAGCUCAACAGCAUCUAUGGGUCUUGCAGAUAUGAUGUCUCCUGGUGAAUCCAAAUUGCCCAUGCCUCUCAAAGCAGAUGGUAAAGAAGAAGGCACUCCGCAGCCUGAGAGCAAGUCGAAGAAGUCCAGCUCCUCCACCACCACGGGGGAAAAGAUCACAAAGGUGUAUGAGUUGGGGAAUGAGCCAGAGAGAAAGCUGUGGGUCGACCGAUACCUUACCUUCAUGGAGGAGAGGGGCUCCCCUGUCUCAAGUCUGCCUGCAGUGGGCAAGAAGCCUCUGGACCUGUUCCGACUCUAUGUCUGCGUCAAAGAGAUUGGAGGUUUGGCCCAGGUUAAUAAAAACAAGAAGUGGCGUGAGCUGGCAACCAACCUCAAUGUUGGCACUUCCAGCAGUGCGGCGAGCUCCCUGAAAAAGCAGUAUAUUCAGUACCUGUUCGCCUUUGAGUGCAAGAUCGAGCGCGGGGAGGAGCCCCCGCCGGAAGUCUUCAGCAGCGGGGAGACCAAGAAACAGCCCAAGCUCCAGCCGCCCUCUCCUGCUAACUCAGGAUCCUUGCAAGGUCCACAGACCCCUCAGUCAACUGGCAGUAAUUCAAUGGCAGAGGUUCCAGGUGACCUGAAGCCACCUACUCCAGCCUCCACCCCUCAUGGACAGAUGACCCCAAUGCAAGGUGGAAGAAGCAGCACAGUCAGUGUGCACGACCCAUUCUCAGACGCCAGUGAUGCAUCGUUCCCCAAACGGAACUCCAUGACUCCGAGCGCCCCGUACCAGCAGGGCAUAAGCAUGCCAGAUGUGAUGGGCAGGAUGCCCUAUGAGCCCAACAAGGACCCCUUUGGUGGAAUGAGGAAAGUGCCUGGAAGCAGUGAGCCCUUCAUGACGCAAGGACAGAUGCCCACUGGCAGCAUGCAGGACAUGUAUAACCAAAGCCCCUCUGGAGCCAUGUCCGGUCUAGGCCUGGGGCAGCGGCAGCAGUUUCCCUACGGAGCCGGCUACGAUCGAAGGCAUGAACCGUAUGGGCAGCAGUACCCAGGCCAAGGCCCUCCCUCAGGACAGCCGCCAUAUGGAGGACACCAGCCUGGCCUGUAUCCACAACAGCCGAAUUACAAACGCCAUAUGGACGGCAUGUAUGGGCCUCCGGCCAAACGCCAUGAGGGAGACAUGUACAACAUGCAGUACGGCAACCAGCAGCAGGACGUCUAUAACCAGUACGGGAGUUCCUACUCCGGCCCGGACAGGAGGCCCCUCCAGGGGCAGUAUCCGUACCCCUACAGCAGAGAGAGGGUGCAGGGCCCGGGGCAGAUCCAGCCGCAUGGGAUCCCGCCUCAGAUGAUGGGCGGCCCGAUGCAGUCGUCCUCCGGCGAAGGGCCUCAGCAGAGUCUGUGGGCGACACGCAAUGAUAUGCCUUACCCCUACCAGAACAGGCAAGGCCCGGGUGGCCCUGCACAGGCACCUCCUUAUCCAGGCAUGAACCGCACGGAUGAUAUGAUGGUACCUGAUCAGAGGAUCAAUCACGAGAGCCAGUGGCCUUCCCACGUCAGCCAACGUCAGCCUUAUAUGUCCUCUUCAGCCUCCAUGCAGCCCAUCACGCGCCCGCCUCAGUCCUCCUACCAGACGCCGCCGUCACUGCCAAACCACAUCUCCAGAGCGCCCAGCCCCGCCUCCUUCCAGCGCUCGCUGGAGAGCCGCAUGUCUCCCAGCAAGUCUCCCUUUCUGCCCUCCAUGAAGAUGCAGAAGGUCAUGCCCACCGUCCCCACGUCCCAGGUCACGGGGCCACCCCCCCAGCCACCCCCCAUCAGACGGGAGAUUACCUUCCCUCCUGGCUCCGUAGAAGCAUCACAGCCAGUGCUGAAACAAAGGCGCAAGAUUACCUCAAAAGAUAUCGUUACUCCUGAGGCCUGGCGUGUGAUGAUGUCCCUUAAGUCAGGUCUUUUGGCUGAAAGUACGUGGGCUUUGGACACUAUUAAUAUACUUCUCUAUGAUGACAGCACUGUCGCUACUUUCAAUCUCUCCCAGUUGUCCGGAUUUCUCGAACUUUUAGUAGAGUACUUUAGAAAAUGCCUGAUUGACAUUUUUGGAAUUCUUAUGGAAUAUGAAGUGGGAGACCCCAGCCAAAAAGCACUUGAUCACAGUACAGUGAAGAGAGAUGAUAGCCAGUCCUUGGCAGACGAUUCGGGGAAAGAGGACGAAGAUGCUGAAUGUAUUGAUGACGAGGAGGACGAGGAGGAGGAUGAGGAGGAAGACAGUGGAAAGACGGAGGCCGAGGAUAAGAGCAGCCCGCCUCUGACCUCUCCCGAUGCCUCUGCAGAUCCAAAGGAGAAGCCCAGGCAAGCCAGUAAGUUCGACAAGCUGCCCAUCAAGAUAGUCAAAAAGAACAACCUGUUUGUGGUGGACCGAUCUGACAAGCUGGGCCGUGUUCAGGAGUUCAACAGCGGACUCCUGCACUGGCAGCUUGGUGGCGGGGAUACCACGGAGCACAUCCAGACUCACUUUGAGAGCAAGAUGGAAAUCCCUCCUCGCAGGCGUCCCCCUCCCCCUCUCAGCUCCACAGGUAGAAAGAAAGAGCAGGAAGGCAAAGGGGAUUCCGAAGAGCAGCAGGAGAAAAGCAUCAUUGCAACCAUUGAUGAUGUCCUGUCCGCUCGACCAGGGGCUCUGCCCGAAGAGGCGAACCCUGGUGCCCAGACCGAGAGCAGUAAGUUUCCCUUUGGUAUACAUCAAGCCAAAAGUCACCGGAACAUCAAGCUGCUGGAGGACGAGCCCAGGAGCCGAGACGAGACUCCUCUCUGCACCAUUGCACACUGGCAGGAUUCUCUGGCUAAGCGCUGUAUCUGUGUGUCAAAUAUUGUCCGUAGCUUGUCUUUUGUGCCUGGGAACGACGCCGAGAUGUCCAAACAUCCAGGCUUGGUGCUGAUCCUGGGGAAGCUGAUUCUCCUUCACCACGAGCAUCCAGAGAGAAAACGAGCGCCGCAAACCUACGAGAAAGAGGAAGACGAGGACAAAGGGGUGGCCUGCAGCAAAGAUGAGUGGUGGUGGGACUGCCUCGAGGUCUUACGGGAUAACACGUUGGUCACGUUAGCCAACAUUUCUGGGCAGCUAGACUUGUCUGCUUACACGGAAAGCAUCUGCUUGCCAAUUUUGGAUGGCUUGCUGCACUGGAUGGUGUGCCCAUCUGCAGAGGCGCAAGACCCCUUUCCAACGGUGGGACCCAACUCUGUCCUGUCGCCUCAGAGACUUGUGCUGGAGACCCUCUGUAAACUCAGCAUCCAGGACAAUAAUGUGGACCUGAUCUUGGCCACGCCUCCAUUUAGUCGUCAGGAGAAAUUCUAUGCUACGUUAGUUAGGUACGUUGGGGAUCGCAAAAACCCAGUCUGUCGAGAAAUGUCCAUGGCGCUUUUAUCGAACCUUGCCCAAGGGGACGCGCUGGCAGCAAGGGCAAUAGCUGUGCAGAAGGGAAGUAUUGGAAACUUGAUAAGCUUCCUAGAGGAUGGGGUCACGAUGGCGCAGUAUCAGCAGAGCCAGCAUAACCUCAUGCACAUGCAGCCCCCGCCUCUAGAACCACCUAGCGUGGACAUGAUGUGUAGGGCGGCCAAGGCUCUGCUGGCCAUGGCCAGAGUGGACGAGAACCGCUCGGAAUUCCUUCUGCACGAGGGCCGAUUGCUGGAUAUCUCGAUAUCAGCCGUCCUGAACUCUCUGGUCGCGUCUGUCAUCUGUGAUGUACUGUUUCAGAUUGGGCAGUUAUGACAUCAGUGAGAAGGCAGCACUGUGUGAGUGAAGACUAGAGGCUCCCGUAUAACUGGCUGUUUCUGUUGUUUAUCCAGCGUAGGAAGAAGGAAAAGAAAAUCUUUGCUCCUCUGCCCCAUUCACUAUUUACCAAUUGGGAAUUAAAGAAAUAAUUAAUUCGAACAGUUAUGAAAUUAAUAUUUGCUGUCUGUGUGUAUAAGUACAUCCUUUUGGGUUUUUUUUUUUUAUUUUGUGUUUUUUUUUUAACCAAAGUUGCUGUCUAGUGCAUUCAAAGGUCACUUUUUGUUUUUCACAGAUUUUCUUUUUAAUGUUCUUUUCCAUGUUGUAUUGCAUUUUUUGGGAAGCGAAUUGACUUUAAAGAAAAAAGUUGUGGCAAAAGAUGCUAAGAUGGGAAAAUUUCACCACACUGAGGCAAAAAGGUGAAAAAUUAUCAAUUUCCUAGGUGUGUUAUUCUUCAGAUUAUGAAAAAAUAAAAACUGUAUCCCAUCGCCCAAAGCUCUGUGCAAUAGAAACUUCUAGAAAAGUAGGUUUAGGGGCUCAAGGAGGUGUGUCAGUCAGUAGUCAAACUAUGAAAUUAUACUGGUUUCUCCACAGGAAAAUGGUUACAUUAGGCUAGGAGCAAAAACAAUGUUUUUUUAAGUUAAGAUUGAAAAUACAUACCUGACAACGAUCAACGGAAAUCGCUUCCUCACCACUACCGUCGUCCUGUCUGCUGUCUGUCGUUUGACUUUCCACAUGACAGUUCUUCACAAUUCCUUUAAUCAUUUUUUAAAUAUUUUUUUUACUGCCUAUGGGCUGUGAUGUAUAUAGAAGUUGUACAUUAAACAUACCCUCAUUUUUUCUUUUCUUUUUUCUUUCUUUUUUUUUUUUUUUUAGUACAAAGUUUUUAGUUUCUUUUUCAUGAUGUGGUAACUACGAAGUGAUGGUAGAUUUAAAUAAUUUUUUAUUUUUAUUUUAUAUAUUUUUUCAUUAGGGCCAUAUCUCAGAAAAAAAGAAAAAAUACAAAAAACAAAAACAAACAAAAAAAACAAAAAAAAAGAGGGUAAUGUACAAGUUUCUGUAUGUAUAAAGUCAUGCUCUAUUUCGGGAGAGCAGCUGAUCACAAUUUGCUUCAUGAAUCAAGGUGUGGAAAUGGUUGCAUAUGGAUUGAUUUAGAAAAUGGUUACCAGUACAGACAAAAAAGAAAAAAAUACAACUAAAAGGAAGAAACACAACUUCAAAGAUUUUUCAGUGACGAGAAUCCACAUUUGUAUUUCAAGAUAAUGUAGUUUAAAAAAAAAA